UACUAUCGCUAUCGGGAUCGACUCUCCCACCCCAAGCAGACUCCAAGGGCUCGGCGGCAGUUUGAGAAGAACCCGAAUCGGGAAAAACUGCGUCCAAUCCCGGAGAACUCAGAAGGGGCAAUCCACGAUGAGUUGGGGAACGGAGCUCUGGGACCAGUUCGAAAAUCUAGACAAACACACUCAGUGGGGAAUCGACUUCCUGGAGCGUUAUGCAAAGUUCGUCAAAGAAAGAUUGGACAUCGAGCAAAAUUAUGCCAAGCAAUUACGGAACUUAGUAAAGAAAUACUGUCCAAAACGCUCCAAAGAUGAUGAACCACGGUUUACAUCAUGUCUGUCAUUUUACGGCAUACUGAAUGAACUCAAUGACUAUGCUGGUCAGAGGGAGGUGGUAGCAGAGGAGAUGGGCCAUAAGGUGUACGGAGCACUGAUGAAGUACAGUCAGGACCUCAAAGCUGAAAGGAAACAUCAUCUGCAGGAGGGCAGGAAGGCCCAGCAGUAUUUGGAUCAUUGCUGGAAACAGAUGGACAAUAGUAAAAAGAAGUUUGAGAGAGAAUGUAAGGAAGCAGAGAAAUCCCAGGUGACCUAUGAGCGGUUAGACAAUGACAUCAAUGCCACAAAAUCAGAAGUUGAGAAGGCCAAAGCCCAGUUCUACCUGCGGACUCACAUGGCGGAUGAGAGUAAAAACGAAUACGCUGCCCAGCUACAGAACUUCAAUGCAGAGCAGUGGAAACAUUUCAACAACGCCAUACCACACAUCUUUAAGAAUCUGCAAGAUAUGGAUCAGCGUCGGACAGUGAAGCUCGGGGAGACGUACCGAAGCUUUGCAGAAGCAGAACGAAGGGUUAUUCCUAUUAUUUCAAAAUGCUUGGAAGGAAUGGUUUCAGCAGCAAAGGCUGUUGAUGAAAGAAAGGAUUCAACAAUUGUUGUAGAGUCAUUUAAGUCCGGCUUUGACCCUCCAGGCGACUUUCCUUUCGAAGACUUUAGUCAGAAUCUAAGUAGAACGGGGUCAGAUGGGACCAUCAGCAAUGCACCCAAAGGAGACAGAGAUGGGGCCCCGGGACCACGACCAGACCCAAAACACACAAUGAGCAAGGCUAAGAACAAACUCUGGCUCUUUGGAAAGAAACCAAAGUCCCCUACUUCCUCUCCUCCACCCCCACCACCUUCCUCCUCCUCCCGCCCACGAUCCUCCCAACGUUUUCCUCCAAACCGGUUCAGCUCUGACCGAGUGAACCACUAUCUGUCUGAGAUAAAGACAACAGUACCCAGAAUCCCCCAGAACUUGAAGGGUCUGAGAAGAGGGUGGUCUGUCAAGAUGGCCCCAUCAGUGGAGGACUUCAGCCACUUACCCCCCGAGCAGAGGAGAAAGAGGUUGCAGCAAAGAAUUGAUGAACUCAAUAAGGAGCUGCAGAAAGAGAUGGAUCAGAGAGAUGCCCUGAACAAAAUGAAGGACGUGUAUGAGAAAACUCCUCAGAUGGGCGACCCUAGUAGCCUGCAGCCCAAGAUAUCAGAGACUAUAUGCAACAUGGAAAAGCUCCGUUCUGAAAUCCACAAACAUGAGACUUGGUUAUCUGAGGUGGAGGGUAAGCAGAGCUCCAGAGAGAGGAGGCACAGUGCUGACAAUCAUCAUCAUACUCCUCAAGGCAGAGAGAGUCCUGAAGGCAGUUAUACAGAAGAUACCAGUCAGGAGCAUCACACACCUCACUUCCACUCCAGUCCCCCUCAGCCCGGACAUCCCAGUGCUGACGCCCACGAGUUUGAUGAUGAAUUUGAUGAUGAUGACCCGCUUCCUGUUAUUGGACACUGCAAAGCUUUGUACAGUUUUGAUGGCCAGAAUGAGGGAACGUUAGUCAUGGCAGAAGAUGAGGUCUUGUAUAUCAUUGAGGAGGAUAAAGGUGACGGCUGGACGAGGGCCAGGAAGCAGAGUGGGGAGGAAGGUUACGUCCCCACCACCUAUGUAGAAAUCACCAUGGAGAAGAACUGCAAAGGUGCUGUCACCUAUAUCUGAAACUCCAUUUAGCCUAUGUCCUAUGUACCAUCUCCUUUUCAUUCUCACCAAGCCUGCACUUUGUUCCUCAAGAUAAGAUGAAAAAGAAGAAAGACAGAAAGUGUCUGAACAUCCAUACGGACACAGUCAUGUAUUUCACUAUUUUGUUUUUCUCGCCAUCGCUCAUCCUUUCUUCUGUUUGUUGCGCUAACUCUGUAUACACUCAACCCCCCCCCCCCCCCCCCCACCCCCCGUCAUGUCUAUGGAACUGAUGCUACUGUGGUGAGUGUUUCUGAGUGAUGUGCAUCUUGUUUUAAGGCAUUUCUUUAUGUGCCUGAGACACUGUACAUUGCCUCAUACUGAUCACAGUGUUAAAGAAUUUUUUUAUAUAAUAUAUUAGAAACAAUCUUUUUUUUUUUUAGUUUUCAAUGACUUUCUUGAUUUUGUUUUUUUAACUGCAAAUGUUUGAUUAUAUGCUGUACGAAUUCACUUGUUCACAUAAUGUGAAGUGUCUUUCUGAUGUGUGUGUGUGUGUGUGUGUGUGUGUGUGUGUGUGUGUGUGUGUGUGUGUGUGUGUGAUCCAUGGCAUUUUAGUACACGAUUUAAGUUUUCUUAUUCUAUACAACAAUUCAUUUAAAGAGAGUCUAGAGCUCGGAUGAACAUUUGUAAGUGUUAUAUUUUUGUAUAGCAUCGCAUAAAGUAAUCCCACAAAUAUUUAAUUCAACUUUUUAAAAGGAAAAAGUGCACUUUUGCCUAUCAUCCACAAUCCUUAUGUAAGACAUGAACACAUACUACAUAUGUCAGGGGUCGGCAACCGUUUCAACAAAAUUAAAACCCACUAGGAGCCACAAAACCUAUUUGACCACAAAAUUGAAGGUGCCGCUAAAUAUAUAAAUGUAUUGUCACGUUCCUUCUCCUGCUAGAGUAACGAGCCACACCUGUUGCCACCCAAUAAUCGCCUUCCAUAAGAUUUUGGAUUCAUCAUUUGCAAUAAAUGGGUUAUUACAUCAAUUAGUUCCAGCCUUUCUGGUGGAGAACUGCAUGGCACUAGCUCAAUUUUGAUGCAGAACUUUGAAAGGCUCAUAACUGUGUCAGAUCGGAUGACUAAAGAAUAAUAAGAAUAAAAGGGCCACAUGCGGCUCUGGAGCAGACCCUUGACAUAUGUCUUUCUCUUUUCUGUGUGUUAUAAAGAUAUAAAAACAGAUUUAAAAAACUUUGCUAAGAAUGCACUUAAUGGGAAACCGCCUUCUGGGGAAAAAAACUCCAAAAAGUGCAAACAAUGGGCCAUUUACAUCUAAUGUAAUGUGUAACCAAGCUACAGCAACAUUGUUAUUAUUCUUAGUACUGCCAUAUUAACAUUUUGCUACACUACACUGGAUAGUGACUAGCUUCACCACACACUGGCCUGCAACCCGUCGGCACUCUCAAUGCCUCAGGCUACUACCAAAAAAUUAGAUACAUAUUUGAGCUGCUGCUAUUUUUGUUUUGAGUUUGGAAAAGUUAACGCUAAGUCUAGCGUUCGUUUCUAUGUUGCGAUGUGAAAUCAAUGAGUACAGGAAGGAGGUUUUGUUAAUGCUUAAAAACAAAACUACUGUAAGUAUUGCAUGUUAACAUGAAUGUGCCUGUCGCUACAUGGUCACAGCGUGCAUCUAAAACUAUAAAACACAGUUGGAGGUUUUUAGAGAUGUUUUAAUGGCGGUCUUUUUAGCCGGCACACUGUAGGUGUGUCCCAUUACGUGUAUUAAAGAGCUGUCUCUUUUUAUCUGUUUUGAUAUCUUUAGAACUCACACAAAAGAGAGACACGUAUGUUCAUGUCUCAUUUAAAGAUAGUGGAUGAUGAGCAAAAUAAAAUAAUGACGGGAUAAUGGAUACAGAAGGUCACCAAAACCUAGUCUAACUGAAUCGUUUUCUUAUCAGAAAUAAUGUAUGGAUACCUUCACGCUGUCAAUUCACACUGUCGAUGUACCCGUAUUUAUGUCAGCGUGAACAGGACAAUUAGGAUUUUUUUUUUCAAAUGCGAUUCAGGCCUUAUUUGUAUGUAGCUAUAAAUCUGUUAUACAUUGGAUCUACUACAGUCGGCAGUUAAGUGUAAUGUGAAUGAAUGCUUGCUGUACUAAGACAUGAGAUUCUCUUUUUUUCAUGAUUGUCUUUGUUCCUUCUGAUUUGGUUCAGAUUCCGACGCAACCUCAUGUGAAUGUGAUUGUGUCUUUGUAUGACUGCGUUGUGUUAACUUACCGUAAUAAUCUCUCUUUUAUAUGACUGUGCAGGUUCCUGAGGGCUGCAGGGUGGCCAGGCGAUUUGAUUUGGCUGGUGGAGGGCUCUCGCUGAUUGCUGAAUUUUGGUGGUGGGGGUGAGCACGAGAGAGAGACGAAAAGGAGAGAGGUAGAGAGGGAAAGAAAAGAGUAAAAGUUUGCAUGUCUGCAUGCUCACACUUCCAUAACGACUGCAGCAUUUCUGGCUUUCUAAAGAAAAGGAAAGGCUGGUAGAUUGAAGUAGUUGACAAUAGUUUCCUAAGGUGUACACACUGGAGAGGUCCACAGGACUUCUAAAAUAGCUGAUUUAUGGCUGACUUUGCAUAGUAUCCUUCGAUUGGCCAUUAAAGGAAGGUUUUAAGCUAUAAACAAAUAAAGCAAGCAGGAAGAUUUUUUGAUGUAUUCUAUAGUUCAGUUGUAUGCAAAAGUCCAGUGAUUCUCAGGCCUAGAGUAUGCAGGGCGGUAGUUGCAGGGUAGUUAAAUCGCUCCUCACACAGCAUUGGGGGAGAAUUCAACAAUGCAUUUUUACACAAGACUGUUAUUUUUCUAGAAUUAAUAUAAAUCUUGUUUUCUAGUGCAAUUCCAGAAAUGAGGACAUAAUCUAUUCCAAGUGUAGUAAAGACUAGAAUAUUUGCUGCCACUAACAAUAUCAGCGCCAUGCCACUGAACUCAUCACUUUUAUGGCCAUCUGUGUUCUAUUGGUGAUGCCUGCCUGCCUGAGCCACUCUGCUCCUCACGCCUGCCUCCUGUGUGUCAUCCACUUUUAAGCCGCAUGCCUUUAACAUACCAUAAAUGUCUCUCAUAUCUUAUCUGAUGCUCCAGCCGACAUUUGCGUGCUACGAUUGUGUUUUUCCAGCAUGAGUUUUGUGUACCAUCUCCCAUCAUUUAGGUGAAAUCACUGCUUUUCCACAGAUAGCAGGACUAUCUACCCCCCCCCCCCCACCCCCCCUCUAUCUUUUUCUCUCCUCCUCUCUUUUGUGGCAAUACCACCCUCUCACCAGCGGGCGGCAGACUUUCUUUACCAAACAGCAAGAAAGAAGAUCUCCCGUGUUUUUCCCCAGCAGACUCUGCCCUAAAAGCUGCUGUUGUUCUUCCAGAUAUUUCAGUGUGUCUGACUGAUUCCAUCUCCCAUCAGCACUCGUUGGCUGCAACAUCUUCAUAGCCACUUGCCCCCACCCUCAUUUAAUCAAUUAUAUUUCUGAAUGUGAUGACACAGUCACACAUGUACCACUGAGGUGUACCUGAACAGCAGUUUAGUUUUAAACAACCAGACGUGUGCACAAGUUCCCUUGGUACGUGCGUGAUAUUAUUUUUUAAUCAUUGAAUGAUUUGUAUAUAUUCACACCUUUUUUAAUAUGUUGAAUGUGUUUCCGUGGUGAUUGUUUAGCCGUGUUUGUUUGACACUCUUCAGGAGACAACAAGGUUUGAAUGAAUCCAAUGCACUUUGCCCUGAAGUACUACAGCGUUUCUGCUCAAAUGAAAGAAUGAUGAAAUGAAGGGGUGUGUUUUCUCUAGUGUGGCCCGACCACUAAAACCUCUGGUGAUUUUAUAUCUCCCUCGGUCAGGGGUGUCCAAAGUAUACCCCGGGGCAUUUUCCGGCCUGUAUCCUUGUAAUUUUACCAGAAAAAACUUCAACAAGAAAUUCGUCAUUUUAGAAGAAUAAUGCCGUAAUAUUAUGAGGAAAAAUAACACUAUUUAAUUUUUGUACAAUUAGCUUGUGGAAAAAGUAAAAAUAUGGGAAUAAAGAUUAUGAGAGCCCUUGCAUCUUUUUCAAUUUCCAAUAUGUGGCCCUCGGUGGAAGAACUGUGGACACCUCUGCUUUAGAUUAUUUCAUACGCCUUUUUAUAAUAACUGUCACAAUAUUUUGCAUGGUUUUCUAUAUUGUUUAAAGCAAUUCCUCUGGUGUUUCAGAAUCGUGUGUAUGAGUGUGUGUUCGGUCAGCUAAAGCAUUUACACUACAUCUGUUGAUCUUUACUCUGACUCAAACAAACCAAUGUCUCCCAAGGUAAUUGAAACAAGAUGUGACCACGCCUUAAAUCUUUUUUGUUUAUUAUGAUGAAACUGUGAAAUGUGCAUAAUGAUGCUGUAGAGGCUACUUAAACACCCCUCAGCCCACUAACCUAUAGAUCCACUACCUUUUAAUGCUAUAUUUUUGCCAAUUAAGCGCAAGAGAAUAUUUAAAAAAUGAGACCACUGAGAAAGUAAAUACACAUUAAUAUUGGUAUCUUUGUUAUUGCCCACUUUUUUUAUUAUAAUGGUACAGCAUGACCUGUUUCUAUGGUUUCUGAUAAUGCCUUUUUCAUAGAUCAAGUUUUCUAUGGAUUUGUAUGUAUAUUGCUACUUAGUAUUUUGGCCAUUUUAUGAAAAACGGAAAAUGAACUUGCUUUUCAGUGGUGAAAUAACUGGUCUUCGAAGUGUGAGUUUUGAUGCACAAGUAGAAAUACUCCAAAGAUGAACCGAUUGAACAGAUUAACAUCAGUGAUGCAGCACAGCCAGGUUAAGGAAGUUGAAUAAAGAAUGUGAGAUGGAAUUAAUAAUCCACUCAGGGUCGGAGUUGUUUUUUGUUUGCUUUAGUUUUUUACAAUUAUAACAUAAAGCUGAAACUUCCCCUUCUCUUCGCGAAUAAAUGCAUUUCAUGCUGAUCCUUUCUAAUAUUUAACCCACACGGUAUUUAUAAAAAAUAUAUACUGUGAGGCUUUGACUCCAACUGAAUAUAAUGUGAUGUGAAUUACUGCCAUAAUCUGCAGUAAAAACACAAAUGGCAUUCUGGCAUUCUCUUAUUUGAAAUCCGUUCCGAUCCAGUUUAUCCUGCAGACUUUACAUGUAAACGUAUACAUCACGUGUACAUAUGUUCUCUUAAACUGUUAUUGAAAAACAAAAGGUCAACUCCCAGUAGAACAUAACAUAAAUAAAAACAAACAUGUAGGUAGAGUGCAACAUGUCUUUGCAGGUUCUCGCGUGUGUUUUAUACCAUCUUGUAUUUGUUGUAAUAACCAAUGGCAGUACUUUCUCUCCCAUAUACACUUAUGCACCCUUUUUUACACGUUGAAUGUUGUCACAGUUUGUAGACUAAAUGCCUUUUUUUCCAUCUACUAAAAUACUGAUGAAAUAAAGUGAGCAAUGAACAAUGAAAAUGUUUUUGCUGGAUGCCAGAGGUAGCAAGCUACAAUCAUUUAUACUAAGUACUUAGUUUGGACAGCUUAGUCGUGCAGUAUUGACAAAAUGACAAAUGUACCAGAAGCUUAAUGUACUGGAGGAAAAUAUUAGUUAUUGCUAUACAAAACUUUGCCACAAAGCGUGUGGAAAUGCAACAAGAGGAUCGCAAGCUAACGGAAGCUCACCGUUUGGGGUAAAGGUGAUUGAAGAUCAGCUGUCAUUUGUGCCACGUUCAUAUUUAUUAUUCUGAUGGGCGAUAAACUAACUCAAAAGUGAACUGUUUGUUAGUGUGCAGGACGGAGAGAAGUCGCUAUUUUUGGCCAAAAACUCAGGAACUUGAGAGGACAUGUGGACUUCGUUUUGUGAACACAAAAACACACAAAAAAGCCCGCCAACCUAUAUACUAGAGUCGCAUUUCUCUGACGUCAUCCAUGCGCCCACUCUCCAGGCGUGACCAAUCAAUUUAAACCAGGGGUGGGCAAACUUUUUGACUGGCGGGCCGCAUUGAUUUA